AUGCUCACUGAACCAUCAAAGCAUACAUGGACACCCAUAGGCAUUGGCGGUACAACAUCGAAUGUUUCCAAUAGCAUUGGCUAUCACACAACGACAACUCCCUCAUCUACAUCAUCGUCCAAUUCAUCAAUCAAUAUUGGUGGUGAUUCAAGAGUUAAAAAUGAUUAUGAUAAUGGAUCAGGUCGUGGAAAUGGAGGAAAUGACUGUAGCUCGAAUAUUAGUCAUCAACAACAACAAUCAUCGUCUUGGUCAUCAUUGGUUAAAUCUGAGUCAUCACAAGGAUUAAGAGAUCCUUAUUCAACUUUUACAAGUCAAUCAUUUUUUCCUCACAAUGCCCAUCGAUUUGGUGGAGGAGCUACUGGUACAGGUCAAAUACAAUUGUGGCAAUUUUUACUUGAACUCUUAUCUGAUACAAGUGCAAAUUCAAAUAUUAUUGCUUGGGAAGGUUCUAAUGGUGAAUUUAAAUUAAUUGAUCCUGAUGAAGUUGCACGUCGUUGGGGUGAACGAAAAUCUAAACCAAAUAUGAACUAUGAUAAAUUAUCACGUGCAUUACGUUAUUAUUAUGAUAAAAAUAUUAUGACAAAAGUUCAUGGUAAACGUUAUGCAUAUAAAUUUGAUUUCAAUGGUUUACAUCAAUUGAAUCAACCACAAUUACCUGAAUCACCUUAUGCAAAAUAUCAACAAGAAAUGAUGCGUUCAUCACAUGCUCAUGCUGCUUAUUUUAAAUGGAGUGCAUUAAGUUCAGCAGCAGCAACAUCAUCCGCUGUUCAUAUGCCACAUCAUCAUCAUCAUCACCAUCCAGUAGCUGCAGCUUCAACAGCUUAUACAAACUAUUGGAAUCAUCCAAGUACAUAUGAAUAUGCAGCUAAUUUUGCUACACCUAAUCCAUAUUUAUCAUCAUCUUAUUGGGUUAGUCCAACAGCAAGUACAACAUCAUCAACACUUAUAUCGACUGGAACAGGAGGACUAUCAUCAACAAACACAGCAUCUACUGCCAUUUCCCCAUCAUUACACUAUUGA